GCUAGGGGUCGUCGGUCCGGGCGCGCUUGGGGAAGGUGGAGAGACGCGGAGACGCGAAAGUGCGAAAGUCCGAAAUAUUAGAUUGUAAGAAAAGAAACCAGAAGCCAUGUUUCGGAGACCUGUGCUACAGGUGCUUCGUCAGUUUGUAAGACAUGAGUCUGAAAUAGCCACCAGUUUGGUUCUGGAAAGAUCUCUGAAUCGUGUGCAGUUACUUGGGCGAGUGGGUCAGGACCCUGUCCUGAGACAAGUGGAAGGAAAAAAUCCAGUCACAAUAUUUUCUCUAGCAACAAAUGAAAUGUGGCGAUCAGGGGAAAGUGAAACAUACCAAACGGGAGAUGUCAAUCAAAAGACAACGUGGCACAGAAUAUCAGUGUUCCGACCAGGCAUUAGAGACGUGGCAUAUCAGUAUGUGAAAAAGGGGUCUCGAAUUUAUGUGGAAGGAAAAGUAGACUAUGGUGAAUACAUGGAUAAAAAUAACGUGAGGCGCCAGGCAACAACAAUCAUAGCUGAUAACAUUAUAUUUCUGAGUGACCAGCCAAGAGAAAAGUCAUAGUGUGGACGAUUCUUCCUGGGCCAGUAUUUGGUACAGCCUCAUUUCCAAAUCAUGUAUAGUCUUUGUAGUUUCUAAGGACAAUGAUUAAAAUGCUCUUUCAUGUAAAGUGA